UCAUGUAUGCUUUUUUUUUUUUUUUUUUUUUUUUUUUUUUUUUUUUUAUCUUUAUGGUCUUUAUCUUUUCUAUAAUGCAAACAAGAAUACUUUGUCCCAACCCAUCAUAAAUUAUAUUGAUACCAAAUUGUUGUCUUCUUAGUAUUGAUUAUUAAUCUCUAAUAAGUUCUGAUAAAUUCCCUCAGUCAUUAAAGAUUUCACUUUGUUUGAUCCAUCAAACACUUGCAUAAUGGCAUCUACUUCAGCUUCAUCCAUACAAAAGAGCUUCAAGUAUGAUGUCUUUUUGAGUUUUAGGGGUGAAGACACCCGCAAAAACUUUGUUGAUCAUCUUUAUCAUGCUCUUCACCAAAAGGGCAUUAUAACUUAUAAGGAUGGUGAAAAGAUCGAGAAAGGGGAAAGAAUCGGAGAUCAGCUCAUCGAGUCCAUUGAAGACUCCAGAUUUUACAUCAUUGUUUUCUCCAGGAACUAUGCAUCUUCAUCAUGGUGCUUAGACGAGCUCGUCAAGAUUAUGGAGUGCCAAAAGAUGACCGAGCAUACUGCUUACCCCAUCUUCUAUGAUGUGGAACCCACAGAAGUCCACAAACAAAGUGGGUUAGUUGGCGAAGCCUUUGAACAGGUCACAAGGAAGAGGAAGAGGACGUUGGAAGAUGUAAAUCUGGAAAAGGAAAAUGAUGUUGGAAGAUGGAAAAAUGCUCUAAAAGAAGCAGCCGACCUCGCUGGGAUGGAGUUGAAGAACACUUUCAACGGGCAUGAAGCAAAAUUUAUCCAACAAAUCGUUCAAGAUAUUUCACUAAAGCUACAUCUCAUUGACUUGAGCGUCGAUAGGAAGUUAGUAGGCAUGGAGACUCUGGUAAGGGGCAUCAUUUCAUCUUUGGAGCUUGAUUUAAAUGAUGUUCGGAUGAUAGGGAUCAAGGGGAUUGGAGGUGGUGGGAAGACGACUUUGGCGAGAGCUGUUUUUGAUCAUAUAUCCAUCUGGUUUGAAGGUAAGAGCUUUGUUGAAGAUGUGAGAGAAGUUUCAAAAGGCUCUUUGUAUGGGUUGAAGGAUUUGCAAAAGCAGAUCCUUUCAUCUGUGUUAAAUGAUCAAAACAUUGUUGUAGCUGGUGUUUCUGACGGAAAAAGUAUGAUGAAAAGGAUGAUGCCUAAUAGAAAGUUUCUUGUAGUUCUAGAUGAUGUGGAUGAUAUAGACCAGCUUGAAGCAUUAGCAGGUGAGCCUUGUAACGCCCAGCUUUUUUCGUAACCCUUGAAAUUUCAUAUUUGCAAGCACUUGAUUUGGUCAAAUAUAAGACUAACAUAAAUAUAUUAUAUGCUUGAUCGAUACCAAAACUUAUGUUACACAAAAUUUGUAGGCAACAUACUUACUCUUUACAUAUCCCUUUUAUUCCUUUCUUAGAACAUGUGUAAAAUACAUUUAUGGUCUUGUUUCAUGAUAAUUAUACACUAAACAUUACUGUAACACUUUAGAUACUUAACAAAUACAUCUUUUAUUAUAAAUAUUUUAAAAAUUGCUAGUUUUGGCCGCAAGUUUGGGGAUGAUGUGUAGGUGUUUUGCUUUCAAAAUUAACCUCCAAUUUCUAGCAUGUUGGACUUUGUUUAUUGUUGAAUAAAUAUUUCCCAUCAUGAACAUUUAAUAAAUAGUACAAGCAUGUAUCUUAUUAUUUUUAUCCAUGUUAAAAGAAAAAAAAAA